UUCUGUGUAACAGGUGGGGUUCAGGGCCAGCUGUUUACAUCGGUAGAUAGGGUGAACAGCUUCUAGCACAAGUGGUGAAUGCGUCAGCUGCUGCAGAUCAGGGCCAAGCUGCUACUCCAGCAGUGGUCAUUGCUCUAGUCCUUGCGCUAAUCUGCUUGCAGCCACCAGGGCGGAGAAUCAUGGCCUUUUAUCAUCGUUGUUGUUAAUGGAGACCGGAAUCUGACAUAGAGGCAGCGGACACUACUCGAAGAGUUCGUGAAAGAGGAGCAGCAGGGAGGAUAUGAUAAGGACACUACCGCUGCUGGGGCAUCCAGGUUGUGGAGACGGCGGACGCUUUACAGGAGGCUGGAUGUUUCGCAGUCGUUCUGGAAUGUGUGCCUGCACCUGUAGCUGCAGCUGCAACCUCAGGAAGGCAUUGGAGCUGGCCUUUUCUGCAGCGGCCAGCCUAGUCAAGGUCAAGCAGGAACAACGAAAACGUUACCCAUCUGUUGCAACUAGAGGUGGUGCAGUGAUAUGGCCAAUCAACUGGAGAUAUAUGAAACAAGGGAUCACCGUUUGGUUAGAUGUGCCUCUCAAAGCUUUGGUAAGGCGGAUUGCUGCUGUAGGGACUGAUUCUUGUCCUCUUUUGCACCAAGAAUCUGGCGAUGCUUACACAAAGGCUGAGAAAGAGGCCUUUGAGGAAGCAGAGAAAGUGAGACGGGCUCAAGAAGAAGAGGCAACUUAA